AUGUUUAUUGAGUUAGUGAAACGUUUAGUUUAUAUGCAAGAUGACCUAAUUACAGUUUGCUUCAGGCAAUUAGAUUAAAUCAAAGUUUAGAGUUAAAACAGAAGUUACAUUUCAGUCAUGCUGGCUUUGUAGAUUGUUAGUUUAUGUGUAAAGGAAUUUAAACAUUUCUAUCUAAGAUGACUGUCAAAGACACUGCCUGUUCAGACCCCUCGAAUCAAUCAAUGGCGAAACGACAGAAAGUCGCAGCAGAUGAGGACAAACAGAUAUCAGAUGAAAUGAUUGGUGCAAUAUCUGUUGCCAUGGAUUCAAAAGCAGACAUGAACAUAGUGGAGUUCAGUUACAAUAUCUCUGACACAGAACUCGCGCCCGGUGAUCCUAUAUCUGAUUCUGAGCUUCCUCCUAGAAUUAAAAAGGACAAAAAGAAAAAGAAAAAGCACAGCAAAGAAAAGUCAAAGGCGGUUACAGCAGACGACACCAAUACUCAAGGCACAGACGAAAAGAAAGACACAGUGCAAAUAAAAAACUAAAAAUAUAUAAAACUAUAUUAUAUAUAAUGCUGAACUGAACUUUGAUCUCAAUCACCAUUCAUCAUAAAUACAUUAUUUUGUUUUGAAUACAUAUUACACUUUAUGCAUUUGUAAUACAUAACGUCUUUAUUUUGUUCUUUCUUGAUUAAAGGGAAGUAACUUAUUUGUAAAAAGAUAUUGCAUUUACUUAUGUUGAUAAUUUGGUGUUCUCAUUUAGAAAUGGCUUACUCUAACAUGGAAAAUUACAAUUUUGUUAAUAUUUUCCAUACAGGGAAGCUAUUAUCUAAUGAUAAUACAGAGGUUAUCGUCAUUAUGAUUACAUUAAUGCUGACAAUGUUAAAUGAUGAACAUGUGUGUUUGUUAUUUUUAUAUAUUUUUGCUUAGACAUUGUAUCAUGUGAUAGAAUGUGUCGUAUAUUUUUCAUAAUUAGUUUAAUAUUUUUCAUAAUGACCAUUUUCAUGCUUAAUAUAUUCAUGCUAUAUAUCUUAUUGUAACAAAAAUGUUUCUAAAAACAUGAUUAUUGCUAAAUUAAGAAAAUGUCUUAAUAUAUUGCAUAUUUACUGAUUAAGGGGAGGUAACACUUAUACUUGACAAUGUUGUUGCCUAUAAUUUAAUAUUUUCACAAACAAAUACAUAGGAAUAGAAAAGAACUUUAAAUUUUAAGUGAACAAAUACAUAGGAACAACUUAGAAAAUAAAUUCAAACUUUAAGUGAAGAAUAUGCAAUUGAAAUGAAAGAUAUAUGUAUUAUCUGUUAGUGUAAUACGUUGUAUUAAUAGUUUUUGCGUUAUUGUUUUUCAUUUAAAUUAUAAUUUAAUACAAUUGUUGCCAUUUUUUGUAAGAAUUUUUUAUAAUGGGACAGUUUCAGAUGUUUAAUGAAUUAAAUGCUAAUUUGCACAUUUUUCUUUUUUCUAGAAAAAAAAAUAAGAAUAAUGUUUUAUAAAAAUGUAUGCCAGGAAAAGACACAAUAAUAACCAACAAAAACAAAAGACAACAUCCCACACAAAACAACAACAACAACAAAAUGUAUAUACAAUAAUCAAAUUGUUAUUUUUACCAAACAAGAAUAGACUACGGUUUAUAUAACAUACGUUUGUAAAAUGAUUUGUUUCUGUAUCAUUUUGAAAAUUCCGUGUUGCAUAAAAUAUUAUUAUUUCAUUAUAUUAUAAGUAAGUAAUAAUUAAAUAAUAAAUAGUAAACAGUA